GCCAGUCGGGCGAGCCCAUAACUUUGCAGCCUCGGGGAUAACCAAGGCCGGCGGCGUCCAGGGCUCCUCCGGUCGCGAUCCGAGCUCGGAAUGUAAUCGAGGAGGAGGAGGAUGCUGGCCCUGCGGCUGCUCAACGUGGUGGCCCCCGCCUACUUCCUUUGCAUUUCCCUGGUGACCUUCGUCCUUCAGCUCUUCCUCUUCCUGCCCAGCAUGCGUGAGGACCCCACAGCCACCCCGCUCUUCUCGCCUGCCGUGCUUCACGGGGCGCUCUUCCUGUUCCUCUCAGCCAAUGCCCUGGGCAAUUACAUCCUGGUCAUCCAGAACUCCCCAGACGACCUGGGUACCUGCCAGGGAACCUCAUCCCAGCGAUCUCAGUGCCCAGCACCCAGCACCCACUUCUGCCGAGUGUGCUCCCGAGUCACGCUGAGGCACGACCAUCACUGUUUCUUCACCGGCAACUGCAUCGGUAGCAGGAACAUGCGCAACUUCAUCCUGUUCUGCCUCUACACUUCACUGGCCUGUCUUUACUCCAUGGUGGCCGGCGUGGCCUACAUCUCAGCUGUCCUUUCCAUCUCCUUCGCCCAUCCCCUGGCCUUCCUCACGCUCCUGCCCACUUCAAUCAGCCAGUUCUUCUCCGGAGCUGUCCUCGGUUCUGACAUGUUCGUCAUCCUCAUGCUCUACCUCUGGUUCGCCGUCGGCCUGGCCUGCGCGGGUUUCUGCUGCCACCAGCUGCUGCUGAUUCUCCGGGGGCAGACCCGCUACCAGGUUCGAAAGGGGGUGGCCGUGAGAGCCCGGCCCUGGCGCAAGAACUUGCAGGAGGUCUUCGGAAAGAGGUGGCUGCUGGGCUUGCUGGUCCCCAUGUUCAAUGUCGGGACCGAAAGCGCCAAGCAGCAGGACAAAUAGCGGGCAAGCACGCCUGCCAUCUCUGUGUCUCAGUUCCUCCAGAUCGUAAGACCACAGCACCCCUGUCUCCACCUGUGACACAGCACACCCUCCCCUAGGAAGGGCCUCAUAUCCACCCCAGGUCUUCCACCCUCAGAGGAUUUAUAAACGGGUGCAUUCUGACAUGGAGGGGAAAUGGCCACCUGGGUACCACUAGGCUGCCCACGGGGCCAGCCAGGUAGGUAGCCGCUAACCUGUUAGGGUGUUUCUGCUCCACGUUGUUAUCUCCUGAGAAGCCCCUCCCCACUCCCUGCCUGGCCCAUCCACUCUCACGUCUCAGGUCAUCGCCGCUUCUGCAAAAGUCCUUCUCUUCGUGUUGAUAGUGGAGACUACAUUCUUGUUGUGGGUGGGAGACUCCACAGGCCCUGGAGGCUGGUAAACGGUACAGUUAACAAGCAUGAACGGCCGUCCAGUAAGCUUUGCCAACCGCUAGUGAAAAUGGGAAGGGGUGGGGUCGCACACUCAUCCUCUAUAAGGGAUCGUCAGCAGCGUGUGUGUAUGUCGAGGGGACCACAAGCACUUACUUCAAUCAGUGGCCUAGCAUUUUUUAAUGCUGUUUCCUUCCCAGACUGCCCCAGCUGGCCACCCCAGCCCAGCCAGCCCAGGAGUUAGCUGGACAUUUCUUUUCCCUGGAAUCCCUCUGUCAUUUGGUCUCCAGCCUCAGAUUUUUGCUAGCUAUUGGGAAGGGAAGAAGGAAAGGGAAAGGGGAGUUACCCAUAAGUAAAUAGGGGAAGUGUGCUUCUAUAUAGCCUUAUAUACCAUAUAUAAGUGUGUGUGUGUGUGUGUGUGUGUGUGUGUGUGUGUGUGUGCAAGGGGGCGGGGGUGAGGAGUGUUGUUAUGAGCACAGAGGAAAAGUGAGUAUUGGAGGGGAAGGAUGGAAGGGCAAAUGGGUUGACUCUCUUGUAACCAAAGCCAUCUGGUGUUUGAAUACUACCCGGAGUAUUCAAGCUGACCAUUGGCGGUAUUUUAACAGGAUCCAGGCAGUGAUCUGCCAGGAGUACUAUGAAAGAGACUUUUGAUCUAGUCCUAGAUGAACUUAGAGAUCCCUUGACAGUCCUGAUGUCCUCUUUGCCAUUGCUGGGUCCAUGGGCAAGGUCUUUAGCGACCCCUGGGAGUUACCUGCUCUCAUGGGGCAGAGGGUGGGGUGAGCAUGGGAAGACUCUAGAAAUCAGAACACCGACUUUCUGCACCCAACCCAGCCAAUCUGGAGACUUCCUGAUGUUAGCAGUGGCUGAGGGGGGCUAGCCCUGGAGGACGGGGAGGUGUAACAGGGUUAGGGUCAGGUGGGGGCAGUUGUAGGGAGAGAAAAGCCUGAAGAUCAAGCUCAGUUCUGAGGGGUUGCUGGGGGUGACAGAAUAUGAGGGUGCAAUCGCCAGUCCAUUGCUGCCAAUCUGACCAGCUCUAGAUGGGGGCACUGCCUUGUAUUCUGAGACCCAGAGGACCAGACAGACCCAUAGGCAUAUGAAGGAGGGGAAGCCACAUAAAAACUCACUCUGGACUUGGUCCCAAGGCCAAUCUAACAUCCAUACAGGCACUGAGGCUGAAGGCCACACCUGGCCUGCAGUAUCCAGUGGGUAGCCACAGCGACCCCAACCAUUGCUCCAUAAGACCCUGAAUUCUUGAACAGAGGCUGGGGUGAUUUUAUGCAGGCCCUCCUUCGGCGCCCUCCAGAGGACUAAUGUAGUAAUGGGUUUUCUGAUCACUCUGCCUCCAGCAUUCAUUAUUUUGGGGCCUCCCCUUUGUUCAUCCUGCCUAUGUUUAUCAAGCACCAACAGUGGGCUGGGUCUCAGUCACUAGCAAUCCAGAUGCCGAUCUGACAGGUCCACUCUACGACCUUGGCAGUCUUUGAAGCCCGGCCCCUUGGAGGAAAAAUGUGGUUGAAGGGAAGCCCAGGCUUCCUCAGUGGAGGAGCCGUGAGAGGUGCCUUCACGAACAAUUCCGGCCACCCCUUAGCAGCAUGAGGAAACAAGGCGGGGAGGUCUGAACAGUUAGUUCAGGACUUGGAGCUCUCUUGACCCCAGAGUUCAAACUUGAAAGCCAGCCCUGUAUUGUCCAGGCUCAGCACCAUGGAGCCUGAUAUCCCAGAAGGGAAAAGGGAGAACUUCAGGUGUCCAGCUCCUUAAACACUGGUCGCUGAGGGGUGGCUGUGGGGAAUCUGCCAGGUGUGGUAUGUGAGUAGCCUCUGUGCCCAUGGCCCUCUGUUGUUAAUGAAGACUAUCAAUAAAAUAUGUGGUUUUCAACUGUA